GCCAACACCACCUCUGUAAUCACUGCAAGACGUCGCGACAUCCCAUGUUGCAGAUCACAACCACUCGCUCGGACUGGACUCAUCUUCCCGUUACUUCGGAACGCGCGACAGCACUGCUAAACCACCUGCACCGAUAAUUUACACGAUCAUCGCAACACGUUGCGCACAGGGAUGGAGGGCGGAUUAGAUCUCGAGCAUAGCAUCUCGCAGGAUGCUGUGCGAGAUGACAAAGAGCAGCAGGAACUGGCGCAAGAAUCUGCGGGAGACAACAAAUUCCAGACUGCCAUCGGUGCCUGGAGAAACAUCGACUUGAAUACGCUGGUCCCCCAGCUUGACACUGUAGCCUCGGACCUUGUUGCUCACCAGCGCGAUGCUCUUACACAGCGAAAGGAUCUCGCACAGAAGACCAAGGACUUCAGACGCUUGGAUGAUGCCAGCAAGUUGAAUGACAUCAAAGGGCUUUUGAAAUCCUACCAAUCUUUCAUCGACCUAAUCUCGAACCAAUCCAAGACUGUCCAGGCAGCAUUCUUUCAAGUUUACUCACCACUGUCCGAUGCCCCCGAUCCGUAUCCCUUGCUCGAAGCCUCGGUAGAUUCGCUAGUCACGGCCGAGGAGACAUUGCCAAAACUCACCUCGGAGAAUGAGCGCCUGCAAAGGACCGUUGCGACACUUACCACACAGCUUGAACAUGCAGAGAAGAAACUGGAAGAGGAGCGCACGGCUCGCCGAGCGUUGGAAGAGGGUCGCGAUAGCCAGGUCAAAGAGGUCGAGGCGUCAUGGACAGCAGUAUUGAAAGAAAAGCAGGACAAUUGGGAGGCAAAGGAGAAGAGUCUGGAAGAGAAGGUUGAGAGUCAAGACAAGUUGCUCAAGGAGCUCAAGGCCAGCUACGAGGUUUCGCAACGAUUGGGCAAGGGAGAGGAUGCAGACGGCGAGGCCACCCGUGGGGCUACAGCUGCAGAACUCGAGAUCGUCAGCUCCGAAUUGGAGAGGACGAGCCACCGUCUAGCUGAUGUGGAGGCCCGCAACGAACAAUUGCGCUUAGAACUGGCCCAAUCUGCAUCGGCACAGGUCACUCGACAGACACCUGUUGAGGACGAUCCUGCUUAUCUACGAUUGCAAUCCGAAAACUCUUCCCUCCUCAGGAAACUCGAAAACUCACGCUUCGAAAAGGACUCUGAUCGAAGCAAGCUUGAGACCGAGACCAGAAGCUUGGAGCGAGAGAUCAAGUCACUCAAGAAUGAGAAGGACGCUUUGCGGGAGAAGGUACAGAAAUGGAGCGAUUAUGAGAACGUCAAGCAGGAACUUGAAGUGCUCAAGUCCAUCGAAUUCGCGACAGGUGACGAUGACGACGAGGCAACCGAGAUUGCGCUUUCGCAAAAUGGCGCCGCAGCCAAGGGCAAAGGAGAAACCCUGGAACAGCUUCUCCUCGCUCGAAACAAGAAACUAAGCAACGAACUCACAGUCCUCAGAGUCUCGCAUCAAGACCUGCAAAGUCGAUUGGAGACCAUGCAGGAAGAGCUCUCCAGCACAAACAUGGAACUAGAGAAGUCAAGAAACUUGAACGAAACACUCGAGGCCGACCUGGAAAAAGUCCAACAAGAGGCUUCGAACGCCUUCGAAUCGUCAGCCAUGUCAGUCGCUGGCACAUACACAUCCCGUUACCCCCAAUCAUCGUACGGGGGCACUCGGCGUGGACGAGCCACAUCUCCAACAUCAUCCAUCAUCUCCGGCUUCGACCCGGCACACUCGCAGACGACCCUCUCAUCUUUGCGAGCCGGUGGCGAGCCCGGCGGCGGAGGUUCAGGUAUCCUCCCCAUGGUCACCGCGCAACGAGACCGCUUCAAAAAGCGCAACGGCGAGCUCGAGGCCGAGCUCCAAAAGUCCUACAAGACAGUAUCGACUCUCCGUUCCGAAAUUUCGGCCCUGCAGAAAGACAAUCUCGAUCUGUACGAAAAGACAAGAUACGUCUCGAGCUACAACCGCGGCGGUCAUGCGUCGGGAACUUCCGCGACUGCGGUGAAUGCCAACCCUUCGACUAUCCACGUCUCCUCGGACACAUCAUCUGGCCUCACCAUGGAUCGUUACCGCUCAGCUUACGAGUCGUCGAUCUCGCCUUUCGCGGCUUUCAGGGGCCGGGAAUCGAACAGGGCGUUGAAGAGGAUGAGCGUGUUCGAGCGGCUUGUCUUCCGCAUCACACGGCUCGUGCUCGCUACGCGAACGAGCAGAAACCUCUUCGCAGCGUACUGCAUGGGCUUACACCUCAUGGUCUUCUGGAUGCUGUAUAGCUACGCGACGGCAGACAUUGGCGCAGCGGUGGCCACGGCGACGGCGGCAGGUGGACCGGUCGCUGUACCGGGGACAGAACCUGUCGAGUGGCAGAAAGAAAGCUUCGAAGAAGCGGGAUAAAUUCGGUUUUCUUGACUCCUCCGAUAGAUGUUGUGAGGAUGCUUGUACUAUUAGUGCCGUUCACGCCUCGAACCUAUUUGCUGGUGCAUGCUGCACAUUUGCACACAUACUAGGGUAUCAGAUUUCCUUGGAGCGUUCAUGGUUGUGGGCAUCAUAAUCACUGGAAAGAUGAAUAGCAUAUGUUUUCGGGAAUUUGAAGACCAAUUCAUUUCACUAUCUGC